UGAACCGUAUCGUACUGAAUUGAAGACUUCUCUGCGUUUCCCGCCAUUCCAAAUAUGCCCUAUCCCGAGAAGUUCACCGGUUUCCAGGUCAAUGGACCGGAAACCUGGCUCGAAUUCAACAAGAACGAGUUCGACCCGAAGCCCUUCGGUGACUAUGAUGUCGACGUCAAGAUUGAGUGCUGCGGUGUCUGCGGGAGUGACGUUCACACAAUCAGCGGAGGAUGGGGCGAGCAGAAGUUCCCCCUCGCUGUCGGGCACGAGAUCGUUGGCAAGGCCAUCCGAGUUGGACCCAAGGUGACCCUCAUCAAGGAGGGGCAGCGCGUGGGUGUUGGCGCCCAGAGCUAUUCCUGCCUGGACUGCCGCCAAUGCAAGAACGACAACGAGACCUACUGCAAACACCAGCUUGAUACCUACGGCGCUGUGUGGCCCGACACGGGCAUCGUGUCUCAGGGCGGCUACUCGUCUCAUGUAAGGACACACGAGCACUGGGUCUUCCCCAUCCCCGACGCCCUCCCCAGCACCAGCGCAGCCCCCAUGCUCUGCGCCGGCCUGACGGUCUACUCGCCGCUGGUACGCAACGGCACCGGGCCGGGCAAGAAGGUCGGCAUCGUGGGCCUGGGCGGCAUCGGGCACUUCGGCAUCCUGUUCGCCAAGGCGCUAGGCGCCGAGGUGUGGGCCAUCAGCCGGACGCACGCCAAGGAGGCCGACGCCAAGAAGAUGGGGGCCGACGGGUUCCUCGCGACGGCGGACAAGGGCUGGAACGAGCCGCACGCCAUGACGUUCGACCUGAUCGUCAGCACGGCAAGCAGCUUCGAGGGCUUCGACCUCGACGCCUACCUCAGCCUGCUCGACGUGCACGGCAAGUGGAUCAGCGUGGGCCUGCCCGAGGGCGAGGGCAUCAAGGUCCGCAGCCAGACGUUCCUGAGCAACGGGUGCUUCUUUGGCAGCUCGCACCUGGGCAGCAGGCGGGAGACGCUGGAGAUGCUGCAGCUGGCCGCCGACAAGGGCAUCAAGCCCUGGGUGGAGGAGGCGCCCAUCAGCGACAAGAAGUUGGCCGAGAUCUUGUCGAGGCUGCACAAGAACGACGUGCGGUACCGGUUCUGCCUGACCAACUACGCGGAGCAGUUCGGAGCGUGA